UAAUGUUCGUUGAUAUUGUUCUUUUUGUGGUUGGUUGUUUGAGACAGGCUUUUGCUAUGUCGUUCAGAUGAGCCUUGAACUCACUAUGUAGCCCAAGCUGGCCACAGACUCUUGGCAGUCCUCUUGCCUCAGCCUCACCACUACACUGGGUGAGCUGAUACUGUUCUUGGUGUCUGGCAGGAUAAUUUCAGAGUGAGCUCUAUUAGGAUUUUUCAGUGAGGAAACAGAGAAAUAGGACUGGGGGUAUAGUUCAGUGGUAGAGUGUUUGCCUACCAUGCUUAAAGCCAUGGGUUCUGUCCCUAGCACUGCAAACACACACAAACACAAAUAAACAAAAAAAGAAAAAAAAUAGAGAACAGAGAAGUAAACUGUCCACCUAUAGACAGCCACACAGUUGGUCAAACUGUAUUGUUUACUUAAUCACCGGGUUCUGUGGUUUUGUGAGGCUGGUGUCAGAACUGAGUAAUAAUAGCAUUUAUUGAACUCCUACACAGUCUCCUCCAAUACUACCUCCGUUGCAAAUAUGGCAGUGAAGGCGUAGAAGGUGGCCCUUGUUCAAGAACUCUCGGCUCAGCAGUGGUGAACCUGAGAGUCCUAGCUGGAUGUGGAGUCACACGCCUGUAAUCCCAGCACUCCAGAGGCUGAGGGCAGGAGGAUUGCCAGAGUUCGAGCCUGGGCUGCAUGGUGAGUUCACGGCCAGCCUGGACUACAUAGUGAGACACUGUCUCAAAAAAAGACCAAGAAAUUAUUCAGUCCUCACAAUCGCCCUAAGAAGAAUGUGCUCUUAUUUCUGUUUUUACAGAUGAAGAAACUGAGAUGUGGAUAUAAAUCAUUUCUCCAAAAGCCUGUGCCUGGUAGUCUGGGAAUUUCAUUACUGAGUCACAUCAGCGUUUGCUUUUCCAAUCCCGUCUUACCCAGGAUACGCUAGGUGUGGGCCAGCCCCCGCCCCAGCCUGACCAGCGACCAUGGAUCCUGGAGCCGGGUCCGAGCCAUCUCUGGCUGUCAAUGAGCAGGUUAUCGUGAUGUCAGGCCACGAGACCAUCCGCGUGCUGGAAGUUGGCGUGGAUGCCCAGCUCCCUGCCGAGGAGGAGGGCAAAGGACUGGAGAGUGUGGCUGCUGAGAACCCCCAAGGCGGGGGCCCUGCUGAAGCCAGUGGAUCUGCUGGUGAAGCUGGGCCGGGCCACCCAGACCCCGCCGCAGAGCCAGCUGUCAAUCCCGGGGAUCCCUCCGGGCCCUGCCCCUGCCAUUGCCACCUUCAGCCAAGCCCCGAGCCAGCCUCAGGCAUCGCAGACCCUGACGCCACUGGCUGUACAAGCUGCCCCCCAGGUCAAGUGGCUGGGCAGCAGGGGCUGGCCGUGUGGACAAUCCCUACCGCAACCGUGGCUGCCCUCCCAGGACUGACCGCUGCUUCUCCUACGGGGGCAAUUUUCAAGCCACCUUUAGCCGGUCUCCAAGCAGCCGCCGUGCUGAACACCGCUCUCCCGGCACCUGUCCAAGCUGCCUCACCAGCCCAGGCCUCGUCGCCAGCCCCGCCCCGGCCACCAGCCCAGCCCCAGGCGCUGUUCCAGACCCAGCCACUGCUGCAGACCACGCCUGCCAUCCUGCCGCAGCCCACCGCUGCCACCGCGGCCGCCCCCACCCCCAAGCCAGUGGACACCACCCCACAGAUCACCGUCCAGCCUGCAGGCUUUGCGUUUAGCCCGGGAAUCAUCAGUGCUGCUUCCCUCGGGGCACAGACCCAGAUCCUGGGCUCCCUCACUACAACUCCGGUCAUUACCAGCGCCAUCCCCAGCAUGCCAGGGAUCAGCAGUCAGAUCCUCACCAACGCUCAGGGACAGGUCAUUGGAACACUUCCGUGGGUGGUGAACUCAGCUAGCGUGGCAGCCCCAGCACCAGCUCAGAGCCUGCAGGUCCAGGCUGUGACCCCUCAACUGUUGUUGAAUGCCCAGGGCCAGGUGAUUGCGACUCUGGCCAGCAGCCCCCUGCCUCCACCCGUGGCUGUCCGGAAGCCAAGCACUCCUGAGUCCCCUGCCAAGAGCGAGGUGCAGCCCAUCCAGCCCACACCAGCCGUGCCCCAGCCUGCUGUGGUCAUCGCCAGCCCAGCUCCAGCAGUCAAGCCAUCGGCUUCCGUUCCCAUCCCUAUCACCUGCUCAGAGACCCCUACAGUCAGCCAGCUGGUGUCCAAGCCACAUACUCCAAACCUGGAUGAGGAUGGGAUCAACUUAGAAGAGAUCCGGGAGUUUGCCAAGAACUUUAAGAUCCGGCGGCUCUCCCUGGGCCUCACACAGACCCAGGUGGGCCAGGCUCUGACGGCGACAGAAGGUCCGGCCUACAGCCAGUCAGCCAUCUGCCGGUUUGAGAAGCUGGACAUCACACCUAAGAGUGCCCAGAAGCUGAAGCCGGUGCUGGAGAAGUGGCUGAACGAGGCGGAACUCCGGAACCAGGAAGGCCAGCAGAACCUGAUGGAGUUUGUGGGAGGGGAGCCCUCCAAGAAACGCAAGCGCCGCACCUCCUUCACCCCCCAGGCCAUCGAGGCGCUCAACGCCUACUUCGAGAAGAACCCCCUGCCCACGGGCCAGGAGAUCACCGAGAUCGCCAAGGAGCUCAACUACGACCGCGAGGUUGUGCGCGUCUGGUUCUGCAAUCGGCGGCAGACGCUCAAGAACACCAGCAAGCUGAAUGUCUUUCAGAUCCCGUAGGGCCCAGCCCCCGCCCUGCGUUCCAGCACUUUGUACUCUUCUUUGCUUGGCACCCAGCUGUCGCCCCUGCGUGACAGUACCUGUCAUCGGGCUCCGCGCCGCUGUGCCGCGCUUGCCCUCGGUCGUGAGACUCCACUGUGUGCAUGUGCGCCGAUGCCUUCCCCCUCUUCCCCCCACCUUCCACCCUGGGGAGGGCGGAGGGGCCCCGUGAGAGCCCCAGGCUCUGGGCUGGGCGUGCCGCACGGAGGGAUUUGUGGUGGUACCCAGAAAAGCACUUUGCUAACGUGGUAUUGGAGAGGGGGAUUCUGCCUGCGAACCAGAAGCUCCCGUCUGGGCCGGGACUGUAGCAGCUCCUGAGGACCCUUGGCUAUUAGCUCUUGUUUUCGAUGGCAUUCUCUUCCUUUCUUCUCUUCUCUUUGGCUCCCUUGUGUUAGUGUGGCAGCUGUGACCGCUGAUCCAGUGGAACCGCAGCCUCCUGCUGCCCCCCCCCCCACCUUGCCUACAGGCACAUGGAACCCCUGAAAGGACCCAGGAGAUAAAAUUUAGGAAAGUGUGGUGUGCUGCUCAGAGGGCCGCACACAAUGUCUGACCUCAAGGUCAGAAGGUUCCCAAACCCCUGGGACCGGAACAAGCCAGCGCCUCUCCCGGGUUCCUUUGGGGGCGGAUAUUGCACUAAAGUAGAAUCUGAUUUUGCAAUCUAUGUUGGGAGGAAGGAACAGUGACCUUUGCAUAGCGUGGAGUUGCCCCGGGUCUGCUGCUGGAAUUUAGUGAACAAGGCAGUCCUCCCAGAUUUUAAUCUAACCUCUGCCCACGGCCACCGCCCCACAAAACCUGAACUUGCAGCCUGGGAAAAAGCACACUGCCCAAGCGCGCAGGCAGCUCUGAAGAAACGUGAGGAAAAGAAUACUGAGCUCCUGUCUCCUUUUCUUUUCCAAACUUAGCCCAGGCCUGUCCUGGGCCUUCUGAAGGAGCAAAUGAAGCAAAAGGCCAGGUAGGGAGGCCCCGGGGAACAGGGCACCAUCCAAGAGGACACGAGGGCCUCCCAGGAAGGUUUCUUCUGGGAGUUUACCGACCUCAGAUUUCCUUUUUAACUUCAAGCCUUGGACAGUGAAGAAAUCUCAUUUUGUUGAGUCGCAGACCGGCCCUUGUGUAAGCAACCCCUCAGUGGUCUUCCGAGUCAGGAUCAGGCGGGUUUUCCCUCCGGAGUGGGUAGCCACGCACAGCGGGAGCUGGUGUCUAAUCAAGCUGCUAAGGGAGCUUCCGUCCUCAUCUUGGCUGGCCAGCCCUUAAGAUUCAGUGUGGGAGCCCAGGCGGUCAGGAGAGAAUUAGGAGGUUUGCACGGAUGAACCUGAACUUGUGGCAGAAGCUGUCCUUAAAGACCGCAAGUCCCAGGAGCGCCCUUCCCUUUCUCUCCUUGCACCCUUACAGAACCUGGUCCCCAGCAGCUGUCCUCCACUGCACCUCACGUGACCUACUGCGGGGGGACGACCACCAGGGAAGGGCACGUCCUGCUCUCCGUGGGUCACCCGCAGAGCCACCUCCUAGCCUGGCUUGCUCUGGGGUACUGUUUUUCCUCUCCCACUUACUGCUGAUCCCUCCACAGCCCUGCAGUGCCAGUGUGGCCGCCCUCUUGGGACCCCUGCCAGGGACAGGGUAGUUGUAUGUACCCACAUUUGUGCCCUGCUGCCUUCGGACCAGCCAGACCUGGCAAGUGCGUGGUAGGGGGAGGAGGCAGGUGGGUGGCUUCCCUGAUCCAGCCUCCCAGGAGCGAGAAUGUCUCUAAAGGGGGGGCUUUACACUCUGCAUUCUGAGUAACAGCGUCCCCACGAGAUGACGACUGGCUUGGGAGGGAUGUCUCUCCCUCUCUCUCUCUCUCUCUCUCUCUCUCUCUCUCUCUCUCUCUCACACACACACACACACACACACACACACACACACACACACGUUCAGUAGGAAUCAUGGACCAGAGUGUGUCAAGGAUUCAGCAAAUCGCCUUUCGGUGAAUGAGAUGCAGGUUUUCAUGCUCAAAUGCUUGUAUUCAGGGGUGCUUUUCUCUUUUUUGGUGGGGGCAGACAAGUCACUUAUAUCUGGUGCCCUGGGAGUAGCGUGGAAAACGGUGUGGACAUGCAGGAGGACACCAUCUGUCUGUUCCCGGCAUGGCAGGAAAAAAAUCACAAAGCACCCUGGUCUAAAUUAGGCCUGGCUGUGUUUUUUCAGCCUCUCCCUCAUCUAAAUCUGUCUUCCCCAGGCUGCCUAAAACUAAACUGUUUCUUUUCCUCCACUGGAAAGAUGGGUUGGUCUUCCAGAGAGAUGGGUGUUUGCAGGCUGAAUCCCCCGGGCAGUAGGGUGCAAGGUGCCUCUGAAGCAUCCUGCAAGCAGAGCUUAGUGUCGUGCUGUGACCUCUGCCCUUGCUCCCCUACCUUAGGACCCCCAGAAAGCAGCUGGGCCUGCUCACUCACUGAUCGGGUGGUGUUUUGGGUUUUUUUUGGUGGUUGUUUGUUGUUUUUUGUUAGCAUCAGGCUCUGAAAUGAGCUCAUAUGAAUUUGAUUUUUGAAAGCAUCCUUUUGGUGUUAAGCCAGAACCUGGUGGCUCCUUUGCCAUGGAAAGACAGGAGAACGGGCAGAAAAGGCUGACUGUAUAAUUUGUGUUGGUUUUGUUUUGAAGUGAAAGAACAAACAUUUCUAUGGCCUGCUGACUCAGCUGGGGCCUUUGACCCUGCACGGACGGUGACAUUUUAUUCAGGUGAAGUCCAGGAAAGAAUCUGGUCAGAAAUGAGGAACACACUUGAGUUGGAACGAGAAACACCGAUGUUUUGUGUUUUGGGGAACCCAGUCAUCUUCCUGUGCCCGAGUUCCCUUUCCUCCCUCACAGGCCACAUCCUGACGUGGAGGUUCUGACCGUCUCCCAGCAUGGGCGAUGCCUCCUGAGGGCCCGCGCGAAGGGCAGGGAGGGGAGAAUAGGGAAGGAGUACUUGAUGUAGUGGUGUGGAAUAAACAGUAUUUUUCCUUUUGUAA